GCAUCUCAGCUGGCUGGCGCCACGGGCACACCCCACCCGUGGGAGCCCCAGGAGAACACCCAGUGCACCACUCUCUCCUAACGAGCUAUUAAUAAUUAAGCUGCUCACUCAAGGCAAAGUCAAUAGAAUAUUUGGCUGGGGAGUGUUUGCCAGAACCACCCCUGGGAGGCAGGCAGAGUGGAGCGAGGCAUCCCCUUGGCAUCCCAGAGCUCUGGAAUUUGGGGCUGUGUGGUCCUGGGGGCCUGGUGGGGUCCCAUAGGGAUCUAUGAGGGUCCAUUGAGACCCAUCUGGACUCACUGGGAUUCAUUGGGACUUAUCAGAGGGGUUUAUGGUGCCAUUUCACUCUCUCCUGUGGAGCUGGUGCCAGCAAAGCUGGUGCCAACUUUGCUCCCUCUUGGCAGCACCCACAAAAGUGGGUGUCACUCCAGCCCUCUCAAAGGGCCAGUGGCUUUUCCAGGUGGUGCCAGGCAGUGACUGUGAUGGAAUCACAGGCACCGACCGUGUAAAGCCGAACUCCAGCUGCUCCUGGAGCCGUCUGGCAAUUCCCACCCACACGGUGCUUUUGGGAUACUGUCAGAGCCACCUGCUCCCCCCGUGGUGUCACCGUACACCCCCACUCGCUCAUGAAAACCAUUCGGCAAGAGGCUGGAUGCACCAGCCCGGCCUGAUCCAGCGCUCCCGGCUCCAGGGGAAGUGGGGGGCGCUUGGAUGAGCUUUUGGGGUGCCGCAGGUGCCCCUGUGGCAGCUCCCCCCCUGCCCGCGGCGCUGUGCCCAGCGCCGGCCGCAGCCCGGGGCUCCGGUUGCAUUUUCCAUUCAUUAUUCAUCGAGCUGGAAAUCUCGGCGGCACGAGGCGAUCCGAGCCGGGGGGGCCGGAGCGGGGCAGCGGCGGCAGCGGCGGCGCCCCGGGAUCACGGCGGGGCCGGGGGUGACCAGGAUGCUGUGGCAUGGGAAGCCCUGGAGGUCCAUGUGCAAGGGGCUGGUCCUGGGGACCCUCCUGACCAGCUUCAUGUUGCUGCUCUACUCCUACGCCGUCCCCCCGCUGCAAGUCAGCGUCACUGAGAUCCCCGUGCCCUUCUCCUGCUCCUCCCACCUGGCCCAGGCUCCAUCCCUGUCCAACAGCUCGGGCAGCGCCUCGGGGUGGAGCUGCCGGCCCAAGCUCAACGUCAUGUUCAUGAAGACCCACAAGACCGCCAGCAGCACCAUCCUCAACAUCCUCUUCCGCUUCGGGGAGAAGCACCGCCUGAAAUUCGCCUUCCCCAACGGCCGCAACGACUUCUACUACCCGUCCUUCUUCGAGCGCAGCCAGGUGCAGCACUACCGGCCCGGGGUGUGCUUCAACAUCAUCUGCAACCACAUGCGCUUCCACUACGAGGAGGUGCGCAAGCUCCUGCCGCCCGACGCCACCUUCGUCACCGUGCUGCGGGACCCCGCGUACCUCUUCGAGUCCUCCUUCCACUACUUCGGGCCCGUCAUCCCCCUCACCUGGAAGAUCACCGGGGAGGACAAGCUGGACGAGUUCCUCCGGGACCCCCAGCACUACUACGACCCCAACGGGUUCAACGCUCACUACCUCCAAAACCUCCUGUUCUUCGACUUCGGCUACGACAGCAGCAUGGACGCAAACAGCCCGCUGGUGGAGGAGCACAUCCGGGAGAUCGACCGCCGCUUCCACCUCGUCAUGUUGCUCGAGUACUUUGAUGAGUCACUGGUGCUGCUCAAGGACCUGCUGUGUUGGCAGCUGGAGGACGUCCUCUACUUCAAGCUCAACGCCCGCAAGGGCUCCACGGUGUCGCGGCUGACCCCGGAGCUGUACGAGCAGGCGACCGCCUGGAACCUGAUCGACGCCAAGCUCUACCGCUACUUCAAUGCCACCUUUUGGCGCAAGGUGGAGGCCUAUGGGAGGGAGAGGAUGGCCAGGGACGUGGCCGAGCUGCAGAGGGAGAACAAGAAGAUGACCAGCAUCUGCAUCGACGGGGGACACGCCGUGGACGCCAGCGCCAUCCAGGAGUCCUCCAUGCAGCCCUGGCAGCCCCUGGGGGAGAAGACCAUCCUGGGGUACAACUUGAAGAAGAAGAUCAGCAAGAAGCACCAGAAGCUGUGCCGUAAGAUGCUGACACCUGAAAUCCAGUACCUGACUGACCUGGGGGCCAACCUCUGGAUCACCAAGCUAUGGAGCCACGUGCGGGACUUCCUCAGGUGGUAGGGGCUGGCGGGUGCCCCGCUCCCCUGGGGAAGAACCAGGUGCUUUCGUUUUUGUUACUCAUGGUUCUCUUGGUUUGGAACUGGCUGGAGGCUCUGGAGCCCAGGAACUUUUGGGGGGACCCUCCAUCACUUUCCUGCAGAGCACCAGCUUGGGCAGGAGAGUGGAGACUCUGCCUCUGUCAGCGGGGUCAAGGACUGGGGGGUCCAGGGGUGGUGUUUUCCUGCAGGAUCCACUUCUUCCUUCCCCAUGGAAAAGCUGGAGGAGGGAUUUAUGAAGGAUGUGGCUUUGUCACAGCGAGUGCAGGACAUCCAUCACCAGGUUGCUGGGUGCAGGCAGGGAUGUGCUGGGACAGAAGUGCUAGAGGGUUUCCCUUGCCCGGGGUGGGCAGAGAUGCCCACAGGGAACCCAGCCCUCCAGGAGCUCCUCAAAUCACCCCACUGAGCCCUGGUUUUGGGGUGUGGGAAUGUCAGAACCUGCUGCACUGCCUCAGCCCUUGGGUGUGAUGAGUGCAGCAUGUUCUCAGCCCACCAACAGCUAGGCUGUGACCUAGAGGCACCCGGAGCCAUUUGGAGAUUGGAAAACCCAUCCCAAAAGCCCCGGCCUUUAUCAACAGGUCCCCAUGGCAAAGGGCACACCCUCACUGCCCCCCUUCGUCCCAGUUAGAGGAGCCCGUGGCCCUGGUCCCCACAGGGGACAUCCCAAAAGGCCAACAGGGUCUGGUGACAACUGGUGUGGGGAGGAGAUGGGAGCGGGGGCAGUGGGACUGUCCCCAUGAUGCCAUCCAGGGCUCGGUGAGGAUGCUGAGGGCAGGGGCCAUCCCCAGUGCCCACCCUGCCUUGGGGACAAACCUCGUGCGUCCCAGCUGGGCUGGAUGACACUGGUGACACCACGUCCCACUGAGAGUGGCCCUGGCUGGGCACAGAGGUGGCACCUGUGGCUGAGCCAUCCCCCAGCAAAGGGACCCCCAUUGUCCCCCUACCUGUGUUCAGCUCCUUCUGUAAAGACCAGAAAUAAAAAAAUAAUUUACUUUUGUAA